UACUGGUGAAAACAAAAUUCUUCAUGUUACACAUGCAACGAAGCUUCAAACUUUGCGUCUCACAAUUUUCUUCUUCAAUCACUUUUCAACAAUGAAUGUGAUUUCUCUUCUUCAAUUCCCUUUUUUCUUUUUUCUCUCUCUCAUUUCCCACCUCUUUCUUACUCUCCCAUGACUAAUUCACCAUUUUCCUCCGGCCACCGUCCUCUUCUGCUGGCUCACUUCCUCCUCCUUUUUCUCUUCGUUUCUUCAUUUUCCCUCUCCUAUGGUGAUGAACUUCAACCACUUUUAGACCUCAAAUCUGCCUUUUCUUCUUCUUCUUCUUCUUCUUUGGCUUUUAGCUCUUGGAUUAAAGGGAAGGAUGUUUGCAGCAGCUUCCAUGGCAUUGUAUGUAAUUCCAAUGGCUUUGUAGUAGAAAUCAAUCUCCCUGCUCAGAACUUGUCUAGGAUUAUUCCUUUUGAUUCUAUUUGCUCUUUGAAAUCUCUUGAGAAGCUGUCUUUUGGGUUUAAUUUUUUGUAUGGGAAGGUUAGUGAUGGUUUGAGAAACUGUUCUAAGUUGAAGUAUUUGGAUUUGGGUGAGAAUUUCUUUUCUGGUGAAGUACCUGAUUUGUCUUCUUUAGUGGGAUUGAGAUUCCUGAGUUUGAAUAACAGUGGGUUUUCUGGAGAUUUUCCAUGGAAAUCUCUUGUUAAUCUUACUGAUUUGGAGUUCUUGAGCCUUGGAGACAAUACAUUUAACCCAACAACUUCAUUUCCAUUAGCGAUUCUUGAGCUUAAGAACCUUCAUUGGCUUUACCUCUCUAACUGCACCAUUUAUGGUGAAAUCCCAUCUAGGAUUGGGAACUUGUCUUUGCUUGAGAAUCUUGAACUCUCACAAAAUAAACUCACUGGUGAAAUUCCUUAUGAGAUUGUGAACUUGAAGAAUCUAUGGCAGUUGGAGUUACAUGAGAAUUCCUUGACCGGGAAGCUACCAGUCGGGCUCGGUAACCUCACUGGACUAAGGAACUUUGAUGCCUCAUCUAAUAAUCUUGAAGGUGAUUUAAUGGAGUUGAGGUCCCUGACCAAUUUGAAGUCCUUGCAGCUCUUUGAGAAUCGAUUUUCCGGUACGAUCCCAGAGGAGUUUGGGGACUUUAAGGACCUUAUUGAGCUCUCUCUUUACCGAAACAACCUUAUUGGCAGUCUCCCUCAAAGAAUUGGAUCUUGGGCAGCCUUCGUUUUCAUUGACGUUUCAGAGAAUUUCUUGUCUGGACCUAUACCUCCAGACAUGUGCAAGCAGGGCAGAAUGACUGAUCUAUUGAUGCUACAAAACAAUUUCAUUGGUGGAAUCCCAGAAAGCUACACGAAUUGUAAAUCUUUGAAUCGUUUUCGUGUAAAUAAUAACUCUCUUUCGGGUGUUGUUCCUACUGGGAUUUGGAGCCUGCCAAAUCUUAGCAUCAUUGAUCUUUCAAUGAAUCAGUUUGAAGGUCCUGUGACUUCCGAUAUUGGUAAAGCAAAAGCUCUUGCUCAGUUAUUCUUAUCGAAUAACCGGUUUUCGGGUAACUUACCGGCUGAGUUAGGCGAAGCAUCAUCCUUAGUCUCAAUCAAGCUCGAUUCGAACCAAUUUGUUGGUCCAAUACCUGAAUCACUUGGCAAGUUGAAGGACUUAAGCAGCCUUGCUUUGAAUGACAACAAAUUUUCCGGCAAUAUACCUAGCUCACUAGGCUCUUGCACUUCUCUUUCUACCAUAGAUUUAUCUAUGAAUUCAUUCUCCGGGCGUAUUUCAGAGAAUCUUGGUUACUUGCCAAUUCUUAACUCCUUGAAUCUGUCUAGCAAUGAACUUUCAGGUGAAAUUCCAACUAGUUUCUCAAAGUUGAAGCUAAGCAGUUUCGACCUGUCUAAUAACAGGUUAAUUGGCCAAGUACCUGAUUCGCUUGCAAUCCAAGCCUUUGAUGAAAGUUUCAUGGGAAAUCCUGGCUUGUGUAGUGAGUCUAUUAAAUACUUGAGUUCAUGUUCGCCAACCUCUAGAUCAUCCUCCAGCCAUCUCACCUCGUUGUUGUCAUGUACCAUUGCUGGAAUUCUACUGUUGAUUGUGUCCUUCUUGUGUUUGUUGUUUGUGAAAUGGAAACGUAACAAGGAUGGUAAGCAUUUACUGAAUUCCAAAUCAUGGGAUAUGAAGCUAUUUCACAUGGUGCGCUUCACGGAAAAGGAAAUCAUAGAUUCAAUCAAUUCUCACAACUUGAUAGGAAAAGGAGGAUCUGGAAAUGUGUACAAAGUCGUACUAAGUAACGGCAAAGAACUCGCCGUGAAACAUAUAUGGCAGUCGAGCUCUAGAGACCAAGCGAACAGCGGGACUAGUGCAACCAUGUUAACUAAAAGAAAGACCAGGUCAUCCGAAUAUGAUGCAGAAGUAGCUACAUUGAGUUCAGUGAGGCAUAACAACGUGGUGAAAUUAUACUGUAGCAUUUCGAGUGAGGACAGUAACCUGCUGGUCUACGAGUACUUACCGAAUGGAAGUUUAUGGGAUCAGUUGCAUACUAGCAGGAAGAUUGAGAUGGGAUGGCAAAUAAGGUACGCGAUAGCUGUUGGAGCAGCAAGGGGCCUUGAGUAUUUGCAUCAUGGGUGUGACCGACCUGUCAUUCACCGAGAUGUAAAGUCAAGUAAUAUUUUGUUGGAUAGUGAUUGGAAACCUAGGAUUGCAGAUUUCGGGUUAGCAAAGAUUCUGCAGGAUGGCAAUGGCCAUGGGGUUGGAGAUUCAUCUCAUGUCAUUGCUGGGACACUCGGUUAUAUAGCCCCUGAAUAUGCAUACACGUGCAAGAUAAACGAGAAGAGUGACGUUUACAGCUUUGGAGUUGUUCUAAUGGAACUAGCAACAGGAAAGCAGCCCAAUGAGGCAGAGUUUGGGGAGAACAAAGAUAUUGUACAAUGGGCACACAGCAGAAUGAGAGAACUAAAAGGUAAUCUGAAAGAGAUGGUAGAUCCUAGCAUAUCAGAGGCUCAGGUGGAGAACGCAGUCAAAGUGCUAAGGAUCGCACUUCGCUGCACGGCUAAGAUUCCAUCUACAAGGCCCUCCAUGAGAAUGGUGGUUCAUAUGCUUGAAGAGGCUGAACCUUGUAACUUUAUUGACAUUGUUGUCAAGAAAGAAUGUGAAAACUAAAAGUAAUCAGCAAGAUUUGCAUCAUUACUACUGCAGUAGCAAAAGGAGAGCAUUUAUUGAGUUUAGUGUUAGGUCAUAAUAGGAUUUCAAGUCUUUCUCAAAAAGCUUGGAAUCAUGUGGCUCCAUCCGUUGACGAGGAGAAAAAGGUUUUGCCCCCUCUUCUACUUUUUCCUCUUGUAGCUUUUUUGCUUCAUUAGAUAGGAAGCAUUUGUAAAAUAUGGCUGCCAAUUUAAAUCCCCAGUGGCAUAAUCUUUAAGUUUGUAGAAUGUAAUCAUUGCAACAAAAGUAUUUAUUGGCUAUGAAGAACUAGAUUAGCCACCAUCGUUACAAUCCACCUCUUUUUCUGUUAUAAACGACUUCCUGCUUUAGCUA